CUGUGCCACAGCAUUGACUUCUGCUGGCUAGCAGCUCGGCUAACUGAUAGCUGGCUGUUGGAACUCCUCCGGCGCUCAGCGGAGUUCCGCCUCGGUGUCACCGACAGACAAACGCAUUUGGUUCCCACUUCCACUGUCUAUCCAUCCGGGAUGUCUCUCCUGGAGAAGUUCCCGACCCCCGGCAGGCUGUUGCUGGACGACACGUUGCCGCUGACGGCGUUGAUCGAAGCCAGCCAGAACCUGCAGUCCCACACGGAGUACAUCAUCAGAGUCCAGAGGGGCGUGUCUUCAGACAACAGCUGGCAGGUUAUUCGCCGCUACAGCGACUUCGACAUCCUGAACAGCAGCCUGAUGGUGUGUGGAAUCAGUCUGCCGCUCCCUCCAAAGAAACUGAUCGGAAACAUGGACAGAGAGUUCAUAGCAGAGAGGCAGAGGGGGCUGCAGGCCUACCUGGACUCCAUUACCCAGCAUCCCCUGAUCUGCACUUCCCUGUUUGUCAAGAAGUUUCUCGACCCCAACAACUACUCAGCCAACUACACAGAAAUUGCUCUGCAGCAAGUCUCCAUGUUCUUCAGGUCAGACCCAAAGUGGGAGGUCCUGGAGCCCCUUAAGGAUAUGGGAUGGAGAAUAAGGAAGAAAUAUUUCCUGAUCAAAAAUAAGGAGCAGCCUAAAGAGCGCUUCCUGCUGAGCUGGGUGGAUCUGGGUCCUGAUAAGUUCCUCUCAGACAAAGACCUGCAGUCGGCCCUGAAGCUGCUCUCCAACCCGUCUACGCCAUAUCUGAGUCCGCUGCUGUUCUCCAGCACCAGCGAGUCUUCGGCUCUGCUCGUCCGGCCCUUCGGUGAAAGAGGCUCCCUGAGGGACCAGAUCUGCAAGGUGAAACCCAAAGAGAGUCACCUGAAGAAGUACUGCAACCCCAAGAAGAGCCAGGGCCUGGAGCUGGAGCAGAUCCAGCUGUUCGGCCGUCAGAUCCUGGAGAGCCUGAAGCUUCUCCACGACAGCGGUCUGUUCUUCGGCCAUCUGCAUGCCUCCAACGUCAUGGUGGACGACGGCGUGUGUCGGCUGGUGGAUGUGGAGAACGGCAUGCUGGGAGUUCCCUCUGUCCUGAGGCCGGCCUUCACGCAGCUGAGGAAGAUCAACACUACAGAAAGCAUCGAUGUGUUCUGCUUCGGACAUUUACUGUACGAGAUGACGUACGGCCGGCCGCCGGACAGCGUCCCACUGGACCAGUUCCCGUCUGCCCCGCACGCCGCCGUGGUAUCGGUUCUGCAGUCCAUCCUGUCCGCAGACGCCUGCAAGAGCGGCAUGCCGACGGUGCCGGCGCUCAUCCAGACUCCGCUCUUCAGUGACGUCAAACUCAAACACUCAGAAAAACUGCAGAUAAAGAUUCCCAGCCGCCUGAAGGAGGUGCUGAAGUCGGCAAAGGGAAGUUUGGAGAAGCGGCUGCAUGAAGAGCAGAGGAUGCUGCAUCAGCACCGGCGGCUGACCCGAGCUCAGUCUCACUACGGCUCAGAGGAAGAGAAGAAGAGGAGGAAGAUCCUGGCGAGAAAGAAAUGCAGACAGUCAACGUGUGAGAACGAAGAGGACGUCUCUGUCCGAAACAACAACUCUGGUUCAGGAGCCAGUUCACCUCCCACCUGUCCUUCUUCCCCCACCCCUCCUCCUGCUACAGGGUCAACUCCUUCUCCAGCUCCACCUCCAGCUCCGCCUCCGGCGCCGCCCCCACCCACAGCGCCGGACUCUUCCUCCUCUCCUCCUCCUCCUCCGGGUCGGGCCGCACUGCUCAGCUCCAUCCAGACCUUCAGCAAAGGCAAGCUGAAGAAGGCCGACACUGCGGACCGCAGCACGCCGCGGUUCUGACCCGAAGCGUUGCCGCGGCGACCGGCAGUCCGCACUGUGCUCGCUCCGUCCCAGAGAUGUGAAAACAAUCACUAAGAAAGUUCCUUUGAUCUGUUCCUGCUUCUGCUGCCUUUUAACGGUUUUAGUCUGUUGCUGCGAAGAAACGGGUCAGAACUGCACAAUCUGCAGCAGUUUUUGUUUUUAAAAGAGAGAGACAUCUGGAUGUUGUUGGACUUUUCUUUCAGCAAACCAGAGUCCAGUAGCGAUCAGAAAAACGUCCAGGAAGCUGCCGAUUCUUCAUUUAAAGUUUUUGUUUCUGUUUUUUUGCACAUUAGGAAAAACCGAAAGGAGUAAAUUCCUCCCAAAUGUUUUCUAUAAUUUACAACAAAAGGUCCAAUCUUAGAAUAUUAACUUAUUAAUGAAGUUGUGACUUUAGGAGAAAUAAAGUGAAUAUUUUAUGUGUUGAAUGUCCAAACUCAGACGGAUGGAUGUCUUCCAGCCGAUGCUGGACUAAAACGACGGAAACAAUCAACAGUAGACAGCGUUCUCCCUCCAUACAGCCGAUCUGCUCUGAAGUUAACCCUCAGCUGUGUCUGUCAGGCAUAGUUAACCCUCAGCUGUGUCUGUCAGGCAUAGUUAACCCUCAGCUGUGUCUGUCAGGCAUAGUUAACCCUCAGCUGUGUCUGUCAGGCUUAGUUAACCCUCAGCUGUGUCUGUCAGGCUUAGUUAACCCUCAGCUGUGUCUGUCAGGCUUAGUUAACCCUCAGCUGUGUCUGUCAGGCUUAGUUAACCCUCAGCUGUGUCUGUCAGGCUUAGUUAACCCUCACCAUGUCUGUCAGGCAUAGUUAACCCUCAGCUGUGUCUGUCAGGCUUAGUUAACCCUCAGCUGUGUCUGUCAGGCGUAGCAGGUUGGAUAGUUGAAACCUGACAGGAUGUUCGUUGUGUCCAACAGUUGUUGAAUGUUAAUUUCAGAGCCCAGAAGUUGUUUUUCAUGCAGCUUUGUUAAAAUGUUUUAUUGCUUUUGUGCCAUAUGGAUUACAUCGUGCCGAUGGAGAUCUUGAAUGUUUCUUUCUUUGCAUGUGACAGUUUCGUACAUAGAGGACUUUAUAUUCAGCUCCUGUGGUGAUGACGACAGCCACGUUGGAGACAGGUUUUUUGUUUGAAAUCAAACCAAGUUCUUGCUAGAAUCCUAAAUGAUUUAUUUUGGAUCAGUGCAAUCCGGGCUGGUCCAGAACCAUCUUUAAAUGAUCUCAGAAUGAUCUCUGUGCAGCACUUUAGAGGUUCGGUCCAAAUGACUGUUUUUAUUCACAGAGGCAGCAUUGAGCUGCAAACUCUAAGAAGUUUACUGGAUUUGCAGCUGAUUUUUUUUUCCUUUUUUCUUUUGAGUAAAUACGUUAAAAAAAAAUUGCUUCAUGUGAAUGAAAACUCGCCUAAAAAACGGUUCAGGGAAACAAUGAGUCGUGUAUUGCACAUGCUUGUAUUUGAUUGCACCAUUUAAUGGGGUGAAUUUAAAAUGCUUAAAUAAAAACAGAUUUCUUUACAAUA